AUGCAGCCCAAGCUUUCCAAAAAUGACAAGCAGGAUCUGAUUUUGACUCACCUGCGCGCCACCGGCACCUGCCAUACGCUGAAAGAUCUGGAAAAGGCACUCCCCACCGUGGCCGCGAUCCAUAGCAUCCAGGUCAAGGAAUACAUCCAGGCCCUCGCGGACGAGGGCAAACUACGAGUCGAAAAGAUCGGCAGCGGGAACUGGUACUGGAGCUUCGGAACCGACGAGAAGCACGCCCGCGAGCGCCAGUUGGCCCGGGUCAAGACAGAGGUGGAGACGGCGCGGAAAUCUUUCACCGAGGCAGAGGCGGACCUGGCCGCUGAAACCGCACAGCACCAACAGGAAGCCGAGGAUGCCGGCUGCGAUGCGGAGCGAGAGAUCCUGCUAGCCAGGCAAGCAGAACUUCGAACGGAGAUUCACCGGCUCCAGUCUACAACGUCUGCACACGACCCAGUGCGCAAUAAGAGUGUGCAGCAGCUUCAGGCGGAGCUAGCGGAGUUUCGGAAACAGGCCGUUCAGUGGACCGACAAUAGUUACAUGCUGGAGGAGUAUCUGCGUCGGUUGGCUGGCGGGGAUCGGGAACUGGUCGCGAUGGUUCUGCGCGACUGCUAUGGAGCCGAGUACGUGGACGGGGAGGGCCUACGCGAGCUAGAGGCCUGA